AUGCUAGACCCGUUCAUACGACUACAGACAUCCAUUGUCAACGGAAACCUUCUCAUCGUCAAAAAGAUUGUAUCGCGAUUUCCCGAGCUAUUAGGCACGAUGGACCAUACCAACGGCUGGUCCGCGCUCCACUACGCGGCCUAUCACGGCAACUACCUCAUCUGCCACCACCUCGUGAUGGCGAUGCUUGCGCAAGGCUAUCUCGACGAAGAAACGUCUCUCGAAGACGAGCCGCGCGAGGUUCUUUUUGACUUCCAGCGGAACACGCCGCUUCAUCUUUCUAUAACCAAGCUGAACCAGAAGAACUCCCAAACGAUGCACUUUCUCCUCCAGCAGUUUCCACAGAUCAUCAACCUCCAGAACCUAGGAGGUCAGACGGCGGUCCAUCUUGCGGCAACGCACGGGCUGGACGACAUGCUCUCGCUCCUCCUCGAUUUCCAGGCAGACCUCCUGCUCGUGGAGCUCCAGGACGGCGAUACGCCGUUACACCUCUGCUGCAAGUAUGGUCAUCUCAAUUGCAUCAACCAGAUCCUCACCCGUACCCCGGCGCCCGGCCAGAUUCACACGGACUUGACGGAGGUGAAGAACACUAAGGGUUGGGUUCCACAGGAUGUCUGUUUUGAUUUUGACGUGGAGCGGUACUACGUUUCACUCAAAACUCGCUACGGCCAGAUCCAAAGAGACGCAGUCUUCGAGGCUAAGCGGCUGGUAUCAACAUCCUCGCUCAAGUCCCUCGAUCUGUUUGACACCAGUCCCUCCAAGUCAAAUUUGGCCAAUCCGUUAUUUGCCAGCGCCAAAAGCCGGUCAGCGGCAUCCUCGCUACCAACGAUUACUCUGUCACGGCAGCGCCGGUCGUCGUCCAACUCAUCACAGUCAGGGUUUUCCUUCACCGUAAAGCGGCCACCGCCCCUUGAAAGCCCCCAGGAACACCACACCCUUGGGGACUCCGGAAACGGUAUGACUCUCUUGGAAAAUUGUGAAGCCAAGGGGAUCCGAACCCGGUACGUAUCGCCUCAGAAAAUGGCCGAUGUUCCUCUGCGCACCCUCCUGGGGAGCGUGGUUGAAUCUCUGAGAGCCCGUCUGGGCAGUACCCGUGAGAAUCCUCUCAGAAAAGUUUCCACCGUCGACACGCCGCUCCGCUCGCUUCUGAUCACCGGUGUCACCAAGGAAUCGCCCCUGAGAAAGGCCCCAGAAGGUGUUGAUUCUCGAACCAGCUCCUCCGAUACGCUUAAUUCAGCCAAGUCGGGCGGUUCUGCCCAAAGCGUAGUUUCUGCGUUCUCCUCCAUCCCCAUCCUCAAGUCGCUCAAGUUGAAGAAAAAGAAGAGUGGAGUGUUUGACGAAGAGCCCCGCUCUAAGAUGUCCACCCGGUCUUUCCGGUCGUUCAGCGAGGAAUCCAAACGGUACAAUUCCCCUGAAUCGGUCUCGAGUUUCCAGACAAACAACCGGUCCAGAGCCCCAUCAUUCGGGGUGAACUUGCUCCCUCAGGUGUCUCAUGAGCUUUCCGGUAUCCCCGAUUUGGCUGCUCCUUUAACGUCCGCCACCCCUCCUUCGGGGUUGCCCGCGUUCAACCGCGUGAACAAGUCUCCCCAAGAGAAGUUUAUACCCUAUGCCUCUCCCAAUUCGUCAUCAUCUUCCUUGAUCUCGUUGAAUCGCGGGCUGGCUAGCGUCUCAAACGCUGAGAGGGUGCUUCGACCCCAAUCGUCACUCAAGGACCUUCGAAUGAAGAGCAGUAACAAUCUCAAAAUGUUCCAGAGCUUAGGGGCGGGCAGCACCGAGCAUGUGGAUUUCCCAGGCGCAUCUCGUAAGAGCUCCGAUGGCGACGUUUCGUUUUCAGUGCUUUCCGAAUACAACCCACGGACACCCGGGUCGAGCUUUGAUUACGGCGAGCCUAGUCUUUCGGUAACCCCGGUGCAAUCUCGUGUGUUGGACAUUCCAAUCGAGACCUUGGCGAGAUCCAGGACUCGAAACGAGGGUCUCCAGUACCGGCUCCUGACCCACCAAGGGGUGAGAAUCCUUUUUGUGGCCGAGCUCCGGGGUCAGUUGUCUUUGCUUAAUGAGCUCGCAGUGGCUAACAAUGCCGCCGUGAUUGUCCAUUCAGGCAAUUUUGGCUUCUUCGAUGCAGACUCCGUGGUGCGCAUGUCGGAGGUGUACCUUCGGCACAUCGCGGCGUUUUCACGCCUGAUCGACGCCGAGACUGUUGCGCGUGUCAGCGCAGCCUCCAGCGUGCACGAAAUCCUCGCGCACCAGCAGCUUUCCGAACUCCCGCGUUACAUUCUGGGGGAAAAGAGACUCAGGAUUCCUGUUUACACGAUCUACGGAAUGGCCGAGGACUCGGUAGUGGUGAACAAGUUUCGCUACGGCGAGUACCGAGUGCCGAAUCUCUAUGUGAUCGAUGAGCAUAACGCGUAUAAACUAUUGACACCAGAUUGCACGUGCUUAACCCUUUGUGGCCUUGGUGGCGGUUUCUCCUUGUACUCCUUGCUCAACCAGGGUGAGGGGUAUCCCCACGAAACCGCGCUUAUCCCUGCUGCCGGCGACGCGGGUAACAUGUGGCACACAUUGGUCCAGUACGGCGUGUUGAUCGAGACAAUGGAACGAGAGGCGCAGGUGCACCAUAUAGAGAUGACCAGAGCCCUUAACGGAACGGUUUCAAAUGGAGAGAUAAGCGAAGGAAACCAUGGGGCUGGAGGCAUGAAUACGAACCAUGUGGGUAACGGAUCAGCUGACCGUUCGUUCCCCGACCGCGCAGAUAGCCCCGUGGAGGUCCGUUUAUUCAUCACCCAUCCCUCACCUGCACGCGAGCCGCUUCUCGGCCACUUGGCGGUUGCUCUUGGUGCCGACUAUACCGUUUCGAGUAGCUUGCACUUCAAGUAUCCCUCGUCCUUCAACGAGCUCAGCGUCUGCUCUUCCUUCGAAGCGUACAAGCAGAAGUUCUCCACCGCAAAGACCCAGUUGUACGUGCUAUGGCAGUCAGUUCUGGCCUCAGUGGAGGCCAGCAUCGAGGAGCCUGUCAAGGGCCUUUUGGAAACGGCCCUACUGGUGUUUGACAACAUCCCAUCGCUGGAGCCGGAGAGUCUCUCGCAAGCGGUCCUGAAGAUAUCCGUCACCGACCAGAACGACUUGUACUAUGCCGCGUUCCAAAAUACGUGGCACUUUAACUUGUGUGACCAUACCAGUGGAAAGGUGGUGAUGGAGGUGAAGGACGGCCGGUUCCACGUGGAGACCCUUGCCAGCGGUUUUGACUUCACGUACAGACGGAAGUGGGAGGCACCGGUCGACGAGAUAAACCAGUUUUAG